UCAAAUUCUUAGAUUUGUUUGUUUUGGGUUUUUUUUUUUGGUGGGGGGAAGGGGAGAUGCGGAAAUAUCACCAACAAUUUCUGGCCCGCCCCUUAAAAAUGUGUAUUUAAAGGCACUUAAUGGCAUUAGACCAGCAAUUUCAUGUCCCAGCAGAAGUUGGUAACCAUGGCUGAGGAGAAUAAAGCUUUUGUAGAUGAAAUAAAUAAAGCACUGGCAAAGUCUGAAGGGUUUACCCUGAAGGACAUGCUGUUCUCCUACCGGGGGACUCCUUAUCCAGUCACAGUGUGCAGCGCAGAGACAUUCCAAGCCCUGGAGAACCUGGAAGCCAGAAGAGAUGAUAUGGUGCUGGUGUCUUACCCCAGAUGCGGUGUGAAUUGGCUUAUCCAGAUUUUAAAUGAUUUGAUAUUUACAACUAUUCAGAGUAAACCUGUAAGCACAGAGCUACCAUUUAUUGAAUGUGGAGAUCCAGAUAAAUAUCAGAGGAUGAAGCAGAUUCCAUCUCCAAGGAUUUUGGCAACACAUCUGAAUUAUGAUUUCCUCCCAAAGUCUAUUUUCAAGAACAAAGCCAAGAUACUCGUGUUGUUUCGAAACCCUAAAGAUACAGCUGUUUCAUUUUUUCAUUUCCACAAGAAUGUGCCAAGUGUCCCCAGUUACAGCUCCUGGGAUGAGUUCUUCUCAGAGUUCAUGAAUGGGAAAGUUGGCUGGGGAUCUUAUUUUGACCAUGCAGUCACCUGGAACAAACACACUGACGAUGAGAACACUAUGAUUGUAAUGUAUGAAGACCUGAAAGAGAAUCUGGCUUCUGGUGUAAAGCAAAUAGCAGAAUUCUUUGGAUUCUUCCCAACAACAGAGCAGAUCCAGUCCAUCGCAGACAGGGCUACUUUCCAGGCAGUGAAGAACAAGGCUCAGGAGACUUAUGGUGCUGUUGGCACAGUUCUUUUCCGCAAAGGUGUUGUUGGGGACUGGAAAAAUCUUUUCACUGAAGCUCAGAAUCAGGAAAUGGAUGCCAAAUUCAAAGCAUGCUUAGAAGGAACCAAGCUGGGAGCAAAGCUAAAAUAUGAUGUGUACUGCAAGGCCUGAGCUUCUGUUAAGGAGAAGUCUAACAUCUAGGCUGCAUUUUGUUCACUUUCAUGUAAUCAAAGAGAAAUUAGAACAGUAUCUGAUCUGAAAUUUUAAAAAAUCUGUGUAAUUUGCAAACGUGUUUGUGCUGUCUUGCACAAGCAAUCCUCAUUCUUACAGUUUAUAGUGUCAUCGACUUGACUCUUGUUUUUUAAAACUGAUUUUUAGCCAUGAUUUUGUGUGAAAUCUAUGUGCAGUAGUUGAACCUGCUGAAAUCACUGGAAAAGUGUUCGGUAAGUUGGAAGUGACCUUCCAUGAGAUUUUUUAAGCCAAUCAUUAGGUGUCUUCUUGAUUUUCAGAUUUGGAAACGUGUAGUAUUUCGGUUUAAAGUGAAAUUUCAGAAUGUUUUUUUUUUGUUAUUGUUGUUGUUAUCAUUUUCUCUGUAAGUUAGAAAGUUUCCACCUCUUUUGGCAUGAAUAUUUUUCAUUGCUUUGGAAUAAAAAACGAUGAAUGUUAGUGGAAGUUCUAACUCUGAGCAAUUGAAGGAAUUGUCCGGGGCAGAAGUUGCUCAUGGAAGUUGGAGUGAGGAUUGAAGAACAAAGUAAACCAAACACUAAACCAAACCAAAUCAGAAUGAAUUGUUUUAAUACCAAACAAGUGAAGUUGAUGAAGCUUUUCGAACUAAUCCCAAGAUCUGUAUAAGUGGAAAAUACAGCUGUGUUCCUUAUGUAUUUGCUUCAGCUGUAAUAGGCCUUACUGGAACAGUAGGUUAAUGUCAUUGCUAAGAAAUAUAUAAAAGGAAAUUCAAAAGAUUCUGAUUGAAGAUGAUGUUGAAAAAGGAAUACCAAUCUCUAGUAAAGCAGGUUGCAUGAAUUGCUUGACCAAUAACAGCCAGUCUACCUGCUUGAACUGCCAUCUUUUUCCAUUUAAGAUUUUUCUGAAGUAUUCCAGGACAGUUAAAGAGAAAAUUCUGUAUCAAGAUGCUAAAUAGACUACUUUUAUGUUUUUACACCUUUAGAUCAGCAAGAUUAUUUAAGAUAAGGUUGCUUAGCCAUAUAAAGUAAUAUUUUAUAGAUGACAUUCUUACAUUAAUAAUCUGCAGCCACUUCUCAGCACAUUCAGUCAGUGAUUACCAGCCAAGAAUGAGCAUUAAAGCAUAUUGAAUAUAAGACUGUUUAGUGUGAGGGGCAGCUGAUUUGUUUGCAGCUGUGUGUUUUAGUUUCUGUUCUGUUAAAAAUGAAAGCACAUCUGAAAUCUAAAUGUCAUGCCACUAGAGAAAGAGAGAAUUUUUACCUUCCUCAAACACAUUCAGAAUGGAAAAGCACUGUGAAAUGUUUUCAGAUGGUGGCAUUGAAGGUCAAACCCAAUAGCCCAUAUUGUUCACAGCUUUGACAGCAGCUAAACAAACAAACAAAAAAAAACCAACAAAACACAUCCCAACAGAAAAAUUAAACUCCUCAUUGUGGAAAAUCACCACUCAUAUAUUCUAUUCUUUCAGCCAUAUGCAUAGACAACAGUUUUGGUUCUACAUUUUCCAUUUAUAUUUUGUAUUAUAUAUAUGUGUUCCCCUUUAUACUUGUUCUUAUGGAACUUGUAGUAAAACUUUAAGUGGUAUUUUAACACAUUAAA